AUGUACGGUCUGCUAAUAAUUGCAGUUCAAGACUUUGUUGAACAACACUUUGGUCCAGCUUUAUGGCCCAUUGUUGUGGAACGGGCUGGUUUACGAGUUGUAGAAUUCAAGACCCAAAAAAGGUACCCAGACACUGUUAUCAAAAAGAUCGUUGAUGCACUCAGUAGCGAAACUGGUCUUUCAGUGAAAGAUCUUCGCUACUUGAACGGAACGUACUUUGCGUCGUACAUAACUCAACAUGGCUUUAAAAAUCUUUUGCGGGUCUACGGACGAACGUUUAUUUAUUUCCUUCGCAAUCUGGAUGAUAUACAUGAGCCGAUGCGUUUCUCUUAUCCGAGGCUCAGAGCACCGUCUUUCUCUGUUCUCUACGAAUCGCCGUCACUCAUACGCUUUUUAUACUCAUCCAAGCGCACAGGCUUUGACCACUAUGUGCGGGGUCAGUUGGUGAAUUUAGCCAAAAGCUUGUUCGACAUUAACAUUUUCAUCAAGAUCGUCAGUAAGAAGAAGGAUGGUCCGGUGUAUCAUGUCACGUAUGAGAUAACCCAUGAUGGCAAAGGUUGGGAGAUGCCUGAAGACUUACAGCUGAGUCGGGAAUUACACAAUUUAGGCACUACAAUGAGGGGAUCGGAAUUUUUCAAACUCUCCUCAUUCUACUUGCUCCUCGAUCGACAGUUGAGGUUGGUGAAAUCGAGUCCAACAUUCAAGAGGCUGGAUGCCACACUAGAACUUGCAAACUUUUCGGAAAAAUUUGCUAUACUUCGUCCUUACAUCGAACCGACGUUUGAGAAUCUCAAACUUCAUCGAUACAACACGUUUGAGAUAGCUCUGGUUUCAAGCAUGAAAGUACAUGGUCCUUCCGCUCACGGAAUCUCAGUUUCACAAGCAGCCUACAGGUUCAAAGGACAGAUGUGUUUUGCUGACGAUUGGGACAUGGCUCUAUUCUUGGGAAGUCCAAUAUUGUGGAACACACAACAGCUACAGGGUUGCGGCUUGUACAUCAGCGACUUGAACAUGUUUGAUCGGAGCAUGGACCUCGUUCUUGCUGGUGACCAACAGUCGGAGGUGUUGAUGACACUUUACAAAAGGGAAGUGGAUCAGUGUAAACAACUGGAGAAGAGCAUGAGGCGAGUGAAUAAAAUGCACAAACUCACGAACGAGUUGUUAUUCCAGUGUAUCCCAAGAGGAGUGGCUAAAAAGCUUCAAAAUGGGACACCAGCUAUGGAAACUAUACAGGCAUACGAUUCAGUAAGCAUCUGCUUCACUAAAGUGGUGGAUUUUGGCGCCAAAUGCGUGGAAAUCAGUGCGCAACAAAUAGUCGAGUUGCUGAAUCAGAUGUACACGUUGUUUGAUACGCUCACUGAAAUGCACAAAGUCUACAAGCCGGACAAAAUACACAUUAGCCAAUCGUUCGCUGACGCACUUGCUCCCUACCCAUAUGUCUUCAAGUACAGGGGCAAAAUGUCUAUUAAGGGUAAAGGCGAAAUGGAUACUUACUUUGUCGAAGGACGUGCGCCGGACUUCACCAUUUUAGAUAACUUUGUUGGUAUUCGUCGAAGCUUCGCAGAUGUUCUGAAAGAAGAUCUGUAUCAAGCUGACGAUUCGAAGUCUGGGCAAUCUACAACUGAAGUAUCAACUUCCGACGAACUUUCCGAUACGGCUUCUGAAGAUGAUAACUUUCCUUCGGAUAGCCGCUCCCAGUAUAGAAGAUUGCUUAAUGUAUCCAAGCAUUCCAGCAUACGGCAGGAGAGCAUACAGCAGUCGGAGCCAAUCUACACCACCGAAGCUGUCGAAUCAGCUAAACCGACAGGAAAAGCAAAACUGUUGAAAUCCUUAAAUCAGAUGAUCAUCCCUGCGAAUACUGGACCAGCACAGGCUACAAAGGUUACACCUCCGUUGAAACUCCGGCGUCAGUCGGGUUUGGAAAAGGCAGGUAAAAAACGCAAGGUAGCAAUGUUAGCUAAUCUUGAGAUGGGGAGCAGGGUCAUUGAUACGCAACAUCUGUUACAGCAAGCAGCCGAUCGUUUGGCCACUGCCACAGGAAUCGGAGAAACGCAGCAGCAAUCAACCUGCGGAUUGGAAAGCACACACCCUACUGAGGUCCCAUUUGAAACGGAUGCGAAGAUUGCAGAAAUUACGAGUGAUGAUAAUGACGAAAUUAACUACAGCCGUUACGAUAGUGACAGCAGUACUGAAUCGAGUAGCGAUGGGUCCAAAUCACAGGACGCAAGAUCGUUGCAGUACAUUCAUUAUACAACAAAAAGAAGUUCCGAUCUUGGCCCCUCGUUGAGUGUCACUGCGAUAAUCGAUACGGAAGAAAGUGCUCGGGGUGAAUUGGAGGUCCCGGAUACUGUACCGAAAACAACCAAAUGAGAAUGCUUGCGAACUGAUUGCAUUCGGCCACAGAAGUCCCAAGUGGAAAUAUUCGGCAAAACAUCCCUAUCGUAACAUAGCAAAAUCCCAAAGCAUUGACAGCCUC